GCCCCCCGGACGCCCCAAAACAAACCGUUGUUUUCGCACAUGAACAAUUCAGUGGCAUUUAGCACAUUCAGAAUGUGAAACCAACCCCUUACUCAGUUCUAGAACAUUCUCCCCACUCCAAAACCCCAUCCCGUUAAACGUGAGUUCCUCACUCCUCCUCCUCCAGCCCUCGGCCACCAGCGACCCGCUUUCCGUCCGUGUGCAUUUGCCGACUCCGGAUGUGGCACACUCGGGACCAGGUGCUGUGUGGUCCUCUGUGACCGGCUUCUUGCCCUCGCUGGGGGGUGUCCAGAGUCAUCUGUCCCGUGGCACGUGGUUCAUUCCUUUGGUGCAGAACGGCCUCCCACUGCAGGGACAGUGUGCCCGCUGGGGCCCUCGGGGUGCGUGCGGGCGGGUGAGCUGGCGAGCGUCGGGGGCCGAGUGUGUGACCCUCCACGGUCGGUCCCAGUCAUGCCGGUCUUGUGGACUCGGCCCAGGAGCAGGAGACGUUCCCCUGGACAGAGACACGCUGAAGUAACAUCUCUACAAGCAAAACGCUGGCAUCUGUCCGGACUGCACCCGCAGAUGGCCGUCGGACAUUUCCGGAACUUUGUCAGCUCAGUGGCCUCACACGAAGCUGCGACACAAGGGCCAGGAUGGACGAGGACUUCUCCUCUCAGAUGAAGAAGAUGGCCUUGGCCAUGGGCACAUCCCUGUCGGACAAGGACAUAGAGCUGCUGCCCACGGACAUGCGGCAUCACGGCUCCUUCAACUAUCUCAAGUUCCUGGAGUACAUGCAGAAGUUCCAGGCCUCAGGGCAGCUGGACAGCGCCAUCCGCCAGGCCUUCCAGACCCUGGACAAGGACAAGAGUGGCUUCAUCGAGUGGAAUGAGAUCAAGUACAUCCUCUCCACCGUUCCCAGCAGCGGGCCCACCGCCCCGCUGACCGAUGAGGAGGCUGAGGCCAUGAUCCAGGCGGCCGACACGGACGGGGACGGGAGGAUUGACUUUGAAGAAUUUUCUGAAUUGAUCAAAAAGGAGAAAGUUCCAAAGAAGAAGUAGUGUACGGCCAGCCCCGGGCCGGGGGAGGGGACCCCAUGGGGCAUCGUGGGACAUCUGCAUGGCCGACCGAGGAGGCCAUAGGGGUGGACACAGCACGUGCCAGGAAAAUGGAAGAAAAGCAUCAUUAAAUGAA